UCCAGGGUUAGGGGCAAAACCUAUUGGGGGGUGAGGGGUGUACAGACCCAAUGCCUGGGGGUCCUGGGGAGCCAAGCCACCCUCAGUCUCCUCCCAUAUGAGGUUGUACAGAGUCCCAUCCCUUUAUAGGGGCACACACAGGCUGUUGUCAUCUCCUGGAUGUCACACAGCCCCUUAUGGGCUGUGCUGGAAGGGGGGGGGGGGGGUAUCUCCAAAGCAGCUGCUUUUCCAUCACGAGCUCUGCUCAAAGCAAAGGGUGAAUGGAAGCAGGUCUGGUGACACCACGGAGUGACUUUCCCCUGGCUGCCUCGAGGGCUUUUUCUGUGUCUGUGCCACUUGAACACGGCAGUGCAGGCAGCUGAGUGCGGGCAGCUGAGUGCGGGCAGCUCACACCCCUGACUCAGCUCAGCUGAAUCAGCUUCAUCCCCCCAAAAUAUCCCUAAAGGCAUUAAUGAGCACAGCAGCUGAGGUUGGGUAGAGCCACACCGCAGCGCUGGGCGUUCCUUCCCUGCUCAAAGAGCAGCUGAAUGAGCUCCUCCAGCAGCAGAGGGGCUUUUGGUGCAGCUGAGCAAUGCUCACAUGCUGCCCAGCAUCACUCCAGCACCAAGGAGCCCUGGCAGGGCUGAGCUGUGUGGUUUGCACACAUCCUUAUGGUGGCUAAACGGGAUGUUCCAGCACUGAUUGCAACUAAACGGCCCCUGGGCUGCAAUGGAGCCAAAGAGCCGCUGGCUGUGCCCCAUCACCACCUCAUAAAGCCCCACAGCUGUGGGGUCACAGCAGCCCCCCGUUAACCCUUUCUCUGCCCUUAAGCCCCGAGGAGGGUGAUGAGGGUGGGGAUGGAACGCUGGGAGCCCUGGCAACCCCCUGGUUGGAGACCCCAAACACAGAGUCGGUUGGCCCCGCUGUCCGCCAGCAGCGCAUGGAGUUGGCUGCCGCCUGGCGCCCCCCUCGCGGCCCCCAGGGCCCCCCAGCGCCUCCCCCUCUCAUCCUCCCCGAGCUCUUCAGCCUCGCAGGCUCAGCCAAACCCUGCCAGCCCUCUGCGAUGGAGCAGCCCCUCCUCGCACCCCCGGCUAUGGGGACACUGAUGGCACCCGGCGCACCCCGGGGUCCCCCUCCAGGGCUGUGGAUGGCUCCGUGCGGCUGCUUCUUCGACCCCCGCGUCUUUCACUUCGAGUGGGCGACCACCACCGUGCCCCCUCCUGCCAACCCCGUGGGCUCCCCGUCGCUGCCCAACGCUGCCCCCGGGGCUCCGCAGCAAUGGGUGACCGUCCCGGCCCCACCGCAGCAAUUUGUGCCCUAUAAGCAGCAGGGCACGGCUGUGACCCCACUGCUGCCCACGGUCCCCAACUUCCAGCAGCUGGAGGGGCAGAUCCAGCAGAUGAGGAUCUCGGAGCCACCUCCCAGUGGCAGCACAGGGGCGCCCAUAGGUGGCAUCAUCCCCCUCAAUAGUGACAUCCCAAUGGGCACCGCUGCAGUCCCCAACCCCCAGGAGAUGGGGGCCAACCUGGAGAGCUUAGACAUAGAGCUGCCCGACGAGGUGCUGCUGGAGGAGGCUGUGAGGCUCUUCAACUGCUCCCCCGAGACAGAGGGGGUGACACAAGACAGCCCCAGCAGCGUCCCUGUGCUCAAAGACCUCGGGGAUCUCGCUGACCUGGAUGAUAUCAUCUCCUGUCACGACAUGAGCUCGCUCUCAUUGCCCGAAGAGAUGCUCUCCUCUGACUACAGCAUCCCCGAAGCCUCCAGCAUGAUGCUGAGCGUGGAGCAGCUCGACAGCGUCCGGAUGAACCCCCAGGAGAUACACCAGGAUCUGACACUGCCAGCUCUGCUGCUGUCACCACCGCAGGGCGAUGCAUUGCAGCCCAAAGUCAAGCUGGAAAAGAGGGGGAAGAAGCGACAGAACAGCUUCUUGCUGAGAAAAAGCUGCAAAUAGAGAGUGCCCACCUGCAGCAGUGGGGUGGGAGAGCAGGGUUAGAGCCCUUGUAUGGGGAUCGGGAGGGGGGAAGGGAUAAGGGUGGUGGUAGACAACUUUUCUCUUGUUAUCUAUUAAAUGUUGUUUGUUCAGAA